AGCCAAAAUCCAUCAUGCUCUGUGAUCGAUUGUAUCGGACAUAUGCCCCCUUUUUCUGCAAUCGAUUACACGGCCUGGAUUAGACGCGGAAGCGGACGUUCAGCAGACCGGAACCAGCAGGACGGAGCUAACAAAGCUCAGCUCAGCUAGGAGGAGCAGACAAACACAAGAUCUGCUGCACACGUCGCUCUCCUCCGCAAGACAGCCGGACAGUACAACCCGCCUCGUGUUGACAGGUUAACGUUCACGGGGGAGGGCAGGUUGUUGUCAUGGUGACCCGGCCGGUUGUACUAGGAGGCUCUGAUGUCUCUGCUGGGACUCACUAGUUAACUACUGAGCUGCUCUCGGCUGCUGCUGCUUCACAAGUCUGCUGCUGUUGGACACUCAGCUCGGGGGAUGACGGUACACGGCUUGUCCCAGGAGCCCUCACAUGGCACGGGGGAAGGAGGGGAGCUGGCACACACAUUAUCUAAAGAGACCCCCGGCUCUCCAGAUGCCUCUGAGUUGGGGAGCCCGCGAUGUACAGCAAACUUUGACCUCCUCAACAUGGUUGUGUCCUAUAAGAGAAUGGCUCUGUUUCUAGAACCAGCUACAGAUGCAGUGGAGCUGACCCGCUACCUGCUCGGAUGGAAGAUGCCCCUGUGCUCUCUGCUCGUCUGUAUGUUCCUCAAUGUCUUCUUCUGCACUGUCAAUGAAGUGGGUUGGAUCACAGUGGGUGUGGUGGCGGUGGCAGCACCUGCUGCCCUGGGUUACCUGCAGGACAGGUGCGGGGGCAGAGCCUCAGAUUCUGAGCUCCACAGGAGGCGCUUUCACGCCGUUCACCGCAGGGACCUGCAGACGGUGCAUCUCACCAAACAGGAGGCCAUGCUGGAAGUCAAAGACCUGUUGAAGCACCUGGAUGACAUGCUGACCUCUGCCUGCCUGUCAGCAGAAACCUUUUACAAGGUCCUGUACUGGGAUAAUCACACCAAGUCAUCAAGGUUCUACGGAGCGAUGUUGGUAUUGGCAUGCCUGCUCUACGUCGCUCCCCUGGGCUGGGUGCUCGCUGGGCUCAACAGCGUCAUCUUCCUGUGGAACAGAGACUUCUGCAGAGUUUUGUUGGACCUCAGGAAGCUGCUUCACGUGGGCCAGGCCGACGCCUCAGAGGGAAAGUGUGAAGAUCAGGAACACGGCCACUCGUUGGACAGGACCCCCACACCAACUAGUACGGAGGACCUGUCUCCUGGAAGUGUGGAGGAAGCUGAGGAGGCAGAGCCUGAUGAUGAAUUUAAGGAUGCCAUUGAGGAACAUGCAGUGUCCCUGCAGCUUCCUGAUAAGGAACCCCCUUUGGUCUUAGUGGAGGAUGACGACGGGCCUCUUGGAACUCCCGAGUAUGACACCAUCUCUGAGAAUGGUCUCCUGAGCCGAAACGAACCCAUACGCAGCAAAGUGUCCAAACUGACAGAGAAACUGCGUAAACGCUACCCUACCACCAGCACAGGCAACUGUUCUAGCUGCAACGCCGUCUUCUCUGUGCUGAAGAAAAGGAGGAGCUGCAGUAACUGUGGCAACAGCUUCUGUUCCCGAUGCUGUUCCUUCAAAGUGCUGAGAUCUUGCAUGGGGGCAACAGCUCCAGAGGCCCAGAGAGAGACUGUGUUUGUUUGUGCUACCUGUAAUUCCUCUCUCAUCAAGUUACAAUGAGAUGGUACAGUAUGUCAGUCUCGUCUCCCGGUGGCCACCUGGAGGCCACUCACUGUUUGACCCCCAAAAGCCCUCCUACAAAGUUACUGAAACCUUAACACAUGCCUUGGUUUUCAAGUUAAGGCGCUUAUGUCCCCCCCCCAUGCCUUUAGCAGUCACAUCCCUCCUUAACUACUCGUGUUGCUUAUGGGACUUCUACUGUAUUAUGUUAAAUAUUUCCUGUUUCAACUGGACCCUGUGAAUCAAUGAGACUUGCUACAGAGCACAAUGGCUCCAAAAUCAAGGGACCUUUUUUUCCCUUUGCUGAGCAGAGGGAGGUGCAAAGCAUGCAGGGUGGAGGCCAGGAUCGGGCCGGUGGUGGUGUCUGGUUUAUAAGCUGCCGAUGGUUUUUUGCUUUUCCAUGCUUUGCCUCGCCACAAAAAUUGAUUCCACUUGAAUGUUGAUAUCUUCAGCCCUGUGUAGCAGUUUAACCGUACUGUAAUGCUGAGAGGACUUUUCUGCACGAACAAGACUAAGGCCGGCGCGAUGAAUGCAAUGGUUUAUUCAGAUGGAACAAAUAAUGGAUGCACGACCAAAAGAAGCUCCAUAUUUGGCUUUGAUCGCCACCUUGUGCGCAGGCUGUUUGCUGUCCACCAAUACACUUUGACCUGUAGCUGGUUUACAAUGUCAUGUGAUUAGUUCUGGGUUUGUCUUUGAGGCCAAUGGGGUUUUUUUCUCCACCAGCGAGAGGAGCUUACAAAACCUCUGCCAUAAAACAAUGGUAACUCUAUGGCAGUAAACUGAAAAUGCAUGGCCUGCAAUGAGUCACAUCACAUUUUUUGACAAGUUACCAGUGAUGGUGUUCUACUUUGUAAUGAUCAAAUUGGUGCAUCAUUUUGGUCGUCUUUUUUUGUGUAUGUGUUGACAUGUCAGAGUUUUGGAGUAUAGCAGCAGCCUAUAAGUCAAAAAACUGCUAGAGGUCCUCUGGAGCCUGUGCUUUUCCCUCUAACUGGAUCAAAGUCGACCCAACUGGAUUAAAGUUGAUUAAAUGGGACUGAGCAACCAUCUGAAAUCGUCAUCAGAGCCUCACACUCUUGCAAGCGGGACUUAAAAGAAUUGAUGAGGAGGCAUUACAACCCAAAAUGUGGAUCGUGGUGGAAGUGUUGUUUUAAUCAUGAUUCAGACACUGAUGAUUGUAAGAGUUUGCUUUUAUUGUAAUCAGAUAUAAACUGUUGCUAUAAAUUGUUCUGCUAUAUCUAAUAUAUUUAAUUUAAAACUCCAGAAAGUGCAAGUUAUUGAUUAAGUCUGUAUAUAUUGCCCUUAUUUUAUGAAUGAGAUAUGCCAUUAUUGAAAUAAACUCUGUGAUGAUUUCAUGAACUUAACGUUACUGUGAGGAACAUUUAACUGGUUAUGAAACAGUCUCAA